CUCUUCCAUAUUAUUUACUUCUAUUUAUCUUCUCUCAUUCUAUCAAAACAAACAGACCCUUUCCUUUCCCCUUUUUAACCAGUGGCCACACCUCUCUUACUCGCAACCCUUUCCGCCACCGUAAUUGUCAUUUUCCAGCCACCUCAUCAUAUUUUCCUAUGGCGAAAGCAACGGCAAUGUCACUCCCGAAUGAAGUGAUGAUCGAAAUUCUCUCAAGAGUUGAUUUAAGUAAUCAUCUUGAGUUGAGGUGCGUUUGCAAGCUUUGGAAAUCGUUAGUUCUUGAUCCUCUUUUCAUGACGAAUCACUUUCGUACUUCGGACAACGACCUCACUUUUAUAUGUCGUAAGACCGAUGAACAAUUCAAUGCUCUCAAAUCUCGUAUUAAAGAAGAGCAAGAAAAAGAAGAUGACGGCAACGAGGAAGAUCUUGAUCUUGGUUUUAAUGGUGCUGCUGCUGAAGAGGAGGAUGAAGAAGAUGGUGAUGUUGAUUCUGAAGAGGAGGAAGAAGAAGAAGAAGACGGUGAUGUUGAUGCAGAAGAGGAGGAAGAAGAAGAAGAUGGUGACGUUGAUGCUGAAGAAGAAGAGGAAGAAUGGAAGAUGAAUGUGUUGGCUGAGCUAAAUACAUUUAUGGAAAAAGCGAAACAAUUGGAGAAGAAGGGAGAAAAUCUGGAUAAUCUGGAUGAAAAAUGGAUGAUAAUUAAGGUGGCUGUGAUGGAUAAUUCUUUGGUGUUUAUUAGAUAUUUCAAAAACUUGAUGCUGAAUUUUCUCGAGUCUAUCAAGUCUAUGGAGGAUAGAAUGGAAUUAAAAGGGAACUUAGAAAGUAUCAGAGUUGAAAUGCAAACUAUGGAGGGUGUAUGGUGUCUUGAGGCGUGUUGUUUUACCUGGAGGGGUUGGUGGUCUGGUAUUGUCUUUGGGCUUCUGUUCGGAUAAUGUCUGUAGCAGGGUUCUUUAGCAAUGCAAUUUCUGUUUCUGAAUUUUUCUGUUAUGCAGAAUGACUGGUUUUUUUAUUCUGUUACAUUAUCUUCUGUUGUUACA